AUGUAUAAAGGGUAUAUUGAAUAGAUGUUCAAAGAAUUCUAAGUUCAACCAAUUUAUUUGCCAUAUAAAUUUUAAAAGAAUGGAGGUGAAGGAAAUAUCGUAAUAGAUAUUGAUUUAGUAAAAUAGGUAAGAAAUUAAUUUUGAAUAAAGUUAGACUAAUUCAUAAAGAAGAACAUGAACUAAAAUAAUGAAAAUACUAUCCAACAAUUUAUAAGGAUGUUUUCAGUUCAAUUAAUGCUUCCAUUGCAUGUAGUUGAUGAGCUAUUAAAUAACAAUUAAUAGAAUACACAAUUUUAAUUUGAAGAAGAGGUGAGUGGCGAUUCACCAUAAAAAUAAUCAACAAAUAGAAUGAAAUAAUAGAAUUAAUUAGAAGAUAUGAUAUUUAUAUCUUAAAUCUAAUAAAAAAGUGAUAAGAAACCUGAAGAAUAAGUAUUUGUAGAUGAAAUGAAAGAUUUAAAAUAGAUUGUACCUAUAGCAAAUUUAAAAUAAUAUCCAUUAGGCAAGAAUUCAAUAACAAUAAGAGCAAAACUAUUCAAUAAACCAAUAAUAGAGAAAGAAUAAUUGUAAAUUAUAGGAGAUUAUUUCCUCUAAUUUAGAGAUGAUAGUGGAAUGUGUCAGGUUUAUUUUACGAAAAAUAGAAUUAAAGAUAAGUUUUAAUUUUAUUAUGAAAAUCUAGAAGUUUAAAAUAUUUAUGAUGUAAGUGAAGUAGAAAUACAUUGUUAUAAGUAAACUUAUGAAAUUAAAGUUUCUUCAGAAACAUAAUUUAAAUUAUAUAAUAAAGUACCUGUUUUAGAACAAUUAUAAAAUGCAUUAAAAAAUAAUAUGAAAAAUGGUGAAGAAAUAGUUGUAGCAGCAAUGGUAGCAGAAAUAGGUGAAUUAAGAUAACAAAAUAAAAAAUUAAUAUUGUACACAUUACCGAUAGAUAAUAAUACAGAUUAUUACAAAAUACCAUUAAUUUUAUGGGAUUAACAUAAAUUAUUGAAUUUUAAAGUAGGAGAGGUAUAUGUUUUUGAAGGAGUCUAAUUAAAAAUGUAUACUGAUGUGAUUGAAUUAAAAUCUUUAAGAACUAGAUUUAAAGUAUAUAAUGAAACUGAUAAUAAAUAUACUGAUAUUAUAAAGAGUUUAAAUGAUUAAAAAUAAAAUUGGCUUUAAAAUACAAAUUAAAUGAUAUAAAUAGAGAAAGUAGUACAAACACCAGUUUUUAUUAGUGAUAUUCAUAAACCUAGUAAUUGUAAUUGUUUUAAUACUGUUGUUAAAAUAUUAAAAGAUAAACCAGCCAUUUUCUAAAUGAAGAUAUAAAAAUGUGUUAGAUAAAUAAUAGUAACUAGUGACAAUAAUAAUAGUUAAAUAAUUGAAUUAAUAGGUGAUAGAUUAUGUUAAAAGGUUUAUAUAGCAGAAGAAGCAAUUAUAUUUAUAAGUUAUUUACAAUUUGUUAAUAAUAAAAUUGUUGCAAAUGAAUUUCAUACAUAAAUUAGAGUUUUGCCUGAUGAUGAUAUUGAUUAUGCUGAAUAAAUACAAUUAUUAAAGAAUCCUUUUACUAAACCUUUAUCACUUUCUCCAAAUGAAUUGGAAUUAGAUAAAUAAAAUAAUAUAUAAUAAAAAAAUUAAAUAAAAAUUAAAAUCAAUAAUAAUAAAGAUUUAGAAAAUUAGAAAUAAAUCUAAAGUGAUAAUUUAAAGAAAGGUUUAGAAAAAAAUGAAAUAAUGAAUGAUAUAGUUCCAUUAUUAGAAGGUAAAACUCAUUAAGGUAGAUUUAAUGUAUUGGUUUAAAUAGAUGAAUUAUUUGAAGUUAGAUAUCAAAAAGGAAAUUAAAAAUUACAAGAUUUAAGAAUAUCAGAUGAAUCAGAUUCUGGAAAAGUAACUUUAUGGAAUAAUCAAAUAGGAGAUUAUAAAAUUGGUUAAACAAUUAGAAUUGAUCAAAUUGGUUAUGAUAAUAGUAAACAAGAAUUCAAAACAACAUUUCAUACAAAAGUAAGUACUAAUGUACCAAGUAAAAACAUACCUAUUAAAUAGAAAAGAUAAAAUCAAAAAUAAUUAAUUAUUGAUGGCAUUGAAUAUUAGAAUUUUACUUAUAAUUAAGAGUUAAAAUUAAUUAAUGAUAUAAUAAAACUUUAAUAAAAUCUAUUAGAAGAAUUACCAUAUUAAUAUUGUAGAGCAAUGAUUACAGAAAUAUUGGUUGCUAGAUUAUCUUAAUAAUGUCCUUAAUGCACUUAUACUAAAUUAACAUAGAUUAAUGAUGUUUAUGAAUGUUCAGGUUAAAAUGGUAUUAAACAUAUAGUUUCAUUGCCUAAAAUAUUUUGUUAUCUAAAAUGCAAAUUAACAGAUUUUACUGCAUCUAUAGAGGUAGUUUUUGGAGAUGAAAUUUGUUAAUAGUAUAUCCCUUAAAAUAUAAUGAAUGAAUUAUAUAAAAAUCAAAUGACAGUAAUUCCAUAUUUUGAUUGCUUGAUGUACAAAGAAUUCACUUUUAAAUUAUGGCUUUAAAAAUAAAAAGAUUAAGAAAACAAGAAAAUUAAGAUAAUGAAACUAUUUUAAACAAAUUACUUAAAAAUUAUAGAUUCAUAUUUAUGA